CAGUACACGCCCGUUGAAAACUACGUGAGUUCUUGUUGAACCAGUCGGUGCCAAGUAGUUGUUCAACAAGACCGUUGCUUGGUGUUCUCUUCCUCUAGCUGUUUACUUGUUCGUUCUGCUUUUGUUGUGUGCGAAUAGUUUCCAGAAACAGUGCUCUGCUCCAAAAUGUUGACUCGUUUGGCUGUGCUCUGCAUUGUGGUGGCGGUUGGAGUAAUUGGCGACCAUCAUUUGAUGAAGGAUGAAGCCAAGGGACUGGACAAAGCCAUUGCCUUCUUCGCCAUGAAUGGCUUCCACGGCCCGGUGAGUUUGUAUCUCAAUCGAACCACGUUGCACGUGGAUAUGCGAAAUUUGAACUACUCCUACCCCAAGCCCUUGGCCAUCGAUGUUCAUCGCCUUUCCUUCACCGUCGGUAUGUCCGGCAGUCCCUGCGAGUCUAUCGGUGAUCAUUAUAAUCCUACAAAUAAUCCCAUGCUAGCUCUGGGCGAUUUGUCUGGCUCGCCCGGCGGUCGCUUACUAAACGCAACAACCAGGCGUUUUGCCAUCGAGACUAACCUAACGUUCACCGGACACCACUCUAUCAUUGGUCGAUCGGUUGCUUUUCACGAAGAAGGCAAUGAAACUGCGGUCGCUUGCGCCAACAUUCUGCACGCCAACAUGCUUACGGACAAGCCGUCGUGCGGUUCGAUGUCGACGGACAACGACCAGGACACUUUGGAAGCAGUGUUCAACGGUAUGAUAGCCGGUCGUAUCACUUUCCGCAGUCUGAAGUCGUUCGGUAUGGGCGUCAGCAAGUCCACCACCAUAUUAUCUCGUCUUUUCUACACGAAUGGAAACAACGCAUCGAGAAACCAUCCGUGGCAUGCACAUAACAACUCCGUGAGUGGCAAUGGCGAUUGUAAAAAUCUUGGUGCCAUUUCUGAGGACUUUACCAGCGGCAGCGGCGGUCAUGCCUCCCAUCUGCUGACGAUAGGUGACGGUGAUGGCGAUGAGGAUUCACGUGAGGUGCACAAUCUUCUCCAGGCCGUGCCCUUCGGAAACCUGAUCGGAAAGUCCCUGGCAAUCCACAGGCCAAGUGACGGAAAGAUUAUUGCCUGUGCCAACAUUGCCAAGGUGCAUCCGCGCUCAUUCGUAGCCAAGUUCUCAGACAACAGUGAGAUUAGCAUCAGCCAGAAGGACCGUUACAGCAGCUCCGAGGUCAACACCAACCUCAAGUCACGGGCCAGCAAAGUCAACAUCAACAAGUUCAAGGCGGGUCAGAUGUCAGGUGGCUGUGGUGAUGCCAAAGUUGGUGGCGUGUUCAACCCCUUCAACAAAAUGGGAUCAGACAUGAUGAAGCCGGAGAGGUCUCCAACCGGUGACAUUGGCGGCAAGUUUGGACGCAUGAUGCAGGGCCAGGACUGUGACAACUCGCUGUCCCUUUUCGGAUCUAACAGCGUUGGGCGCAGGUCAGUUUCAAUCACCGUCGGUAAUCAAGUGUGGUGCGCCAAUCUGACCGAGAAGCUUGCCACUGGUGAGAAGAUGAUGAGAGCGAAGGCGAUGUUCACCAACUCAAGUGGCCCGGUGCGCGGCAUGAUGUCCAUUGAGCAAGUGGUGCGCCCGGACGGUACCAUGGGCAUCACAACCGUUAGCAGUGAUGGACUGAUGAACAUGGAUGGAGCGAGCAUGAAACACAACUACCACGUGCACAUUGGCCGUAAGGGUUACCAGGACACGAGCGCAGCAUGCGGCUCUGCAUAUGCCGGCGGACAUUACAAUCCAUUCAAUGUGUCAGCCACUGAUGCUAGCAAGUACAAUGUGGACUGCAAGCCCGACAAUCCGCUGCGCUGUGAGGUUGGAGACACGUCCAAGAAGACCGGCACAAUCGACCUAGACACCAAGCCGCUCAUCGGACAGGACAGCUUCAUGCCGCUGAUGGGUGGUCAGUCUGUAAUGGGUCGCUCGUUCGUUAUCCACUCCACCAAUCAGGGAGCACCACGCAUUGCAUGUGCGAACAUCAUUCCGAUGUCGGCUUACGACGUCCAGAUUGGUGUGAAGACUUCUCGUCUGUCUGGUGGCUUCAGCGCUGCCACGUUUAACCAGCGAGUCAAGGAUUCGUCCAGCAUGGCCAAGGAUGUGGACGUCCUGUACACGACAAUGAACACGGACGCCGCCACUGGCUGCACAUACAUCAACGCUGCUAUUGAUGGCCCCAAUGCACAGACCGUGUCAGAGCAGUUGUCACGUGCCGAUCUUGGCACCGAGUACAGCCAGAUGGCCUCCGAGUGCACACAGGGCGUCUCCUUUGCCAGUCAGCUCUCCAGUGCCAGCGCAGUGUCCCACGUAGCCUCUCUCAUUCUGCUCGCUUGCGCAGCUGUUCUCCUUCUGUAAGCUACCAGCCACCUACAUGGUUGUGUGUUACGUGGCUAUGCCGCUACUGGUCGUGCUGACAGGUCUGGCUACCGGGCACUGCUUCUAGCCAACAUCGCCACCUACUCAUACGGCCUGGCUGGUCGCAGCUGAUUAGUUGGUCAGCUUUAGUGCCAACUUAGUUUGCUUGAUGAUAGCUGCUGUCUUCAGCUGCUGCUACUGCGCUGCCUUGUUUUCUCUCUCUCUCUCUCUAUGUUAUUGUAGUGUGCUGUUUGAACUCCAUAGCUACUAGGCUCCGGGAGCCACUGUGACUAUUUAACUUAUCCCCAUCAAAUCCGUUAGCCGCAUGAUAGACGUUGAGCCGAUUGGCCUUUCCCUUUUUCCCGCUGGCGUGAUUAUUCACUAGGUCAUGAUCUGCUGUGUGCCAGUACCCUUGGUGUUCCCGGUGUACCUUCAUUUGUGCCGGUGUUUCCUCUCUCUCUCUCUCUUGAUUUUCCAAGUUUCUACAAACUCCUCAAUGUACCACGUGUAACACAGGUGCGGUGCACUAAAAAGUACUUCAAAGUAUCA